AAAAAAAAGAGGAGAUUUCCCCGGCUUGGACUGCGGUCCGGAGCGUUCGAAAGGAGAUUUACAUCCCCUUCUGCUUCCCCCAGCCGGAGGGGAGAGGACCGGGAGUUGUGGGGACAGCAUGGGCGAAGGGGCUGGAGGGAGAAGCUGCGUCCUGCGCCAGAGGCGGCGGCUGCUGCUUCUGCUGUUGCUGCUGGGGCUCUGCAGCUGGACAGCUGCCCUCCGAGGAAAUGAUAAUGGUGAAGCCCUUCCAGAGUCUAUCCCAUCUGCUCCUGGAACACUGCCUCAUUUUAUGGAGGAACCAGAUGAUGCCUACAUUAUAAAAAGCAACCCCAUUGUCUUACGUUGCAAAGCUAUGCCAGCUAUGCAGAUUUUCUUCAAGUGUAAUGGUGAAUGGGUCCAUCAAAACGAGCAUGUGUCUGAGGAAAGCAUGGAUGAGACUACAGGCUUAAAAGUUCGAGAGGUGUUCAUCAACGUGACAAGACAGCAGGUGGAAGAUUUUCAUGGACCAGAAGAUUACUGGUGUCAGUGUGUUGCUUGGAGCCAUCUAGGGACCUCAAAGAGUAGGAAGGCAUCUGUCCGUAUAGCUUAUUUGCGGAAAAACUUUGAGCAAGAUCCACAAGGGAAGGAGGUUCCUAUCGAAGGGAUGAUUGUUCUCCACUGUCGGCCACCUGAGGGAGUUCCUGCAGCUGAGGUGGAAUGGCUAAAGAAUGAGGAGCCCAUUGAUUCGAACCUGGAUGAGAACAUUGACACCAGAGCUGACCACAACCUCAUCAUUCGUCAGGCCCGUCUGUCUGACUCUGGGAACUAUACCUGCAUGGCUGCUAACAUUGUUGCCAAGAGAAGGAGCAUGUCUGCAACAGUUGUGGUAUAUGUAAAUGGAGGCUGGUCAUCAUGGACUGAGUGGUCAAACUGUAAUGCACGGUGUGGUCGAGGCUGGCAGAAGCGAUCGCGAACCUGUACCAACCCUGCACCGCUCAACGGAGGUGCUUUUUGCGAAGGAAUGUCAGUUCAGAAAAUUACCUGCACUUCACUUUGUCCUGUGGAUGGAAACUGGGAGGUGUGGAGUGAAUGGUCUGUUUGCAGCCCUGAAUGUGAGCACUUGAGAGUUCGAGAAUGUGUUGCUCCACCUCCAAGAAACGGAGGAAAAUACUGUGAGGGUUUGAGUCAAGAGUCAGAGAACUGCACUGAAGGGCUUUGCAUUCAAGAUAUUGAGAAUGCCAGUGACAUUGCCUUAUACUCUGGCCUGGGAGCAGCAGUCAUUGCUGUAGCUGUGCUGGUGGUUGGUGUUACCCUUUACAGACGCAGUCAGAGUGAGUACGGCGUGGAUGUGAUUGAUUCGUCUGCACUGACAGGAGGCUUCCAGACAUUUAAUUUUAAAACAGUCAGACAAGGUAACUCCCUGCUUUUGAACUCAGCCAUGCAGCCUGACUUGACAGUGAGCAGAACUUACAGUGGACCAAUCUGCCUGCAGGAUCCCAUGGACAAGGAGCUAAUGACUGAGUCUUCACUGUUUAACCCAUUGUCAGACAUCAAAGUCAAAGUUCAGAGUUCGUUCAUGGUUUCCCUAGGGGUGACAGAGAAGGCUGAAUAUCAUGGAAAGACACAUUCUGGAACCUUUCCUCAUGGGAAUAACAGGGCCUUUGGCACAAUACAUGCUAGAAACAAGGCUACAUAUGUUCAGAACCUUUCUUCUAUUUCAACAAAAAGUGAGCUCAAGACAACUGGUAUUUUUGGACACUUGGGUGGUCGUUUAGUGAUUCCAAACACAGGAGUCAGUUUAUUGAUACCACAUGGAGCUAUUCCUGAAGAGAGUUCAUGGGAAGUCUAUCUUGCCAUCACUCAGAGGGAAUCCAGCCUACAGCCAGAUGGCACAGAUGUUCUUCUAGGUCCAGAAGUAAGUUGUGGUCCCUCGGAUGUGUCUGUCAGCACUCCAUUUGCCUUGACUAUACCACACUGCGCAGAAUUAAAUUCAGAGCACUGGAAUAUUCACUUGAAAAAAAGAACUCAACAAGGAAAAUGGGAGGAAGUGAUGUCUGUGGAAGAGGAAACUACUACUUGCUACUGCCUGUUGGAUCCUUAUGCCUGUCACAUUCUCUUAAACAGCUUUGGAACUUAUGCUCUUAUUGGAGAGCCCAUCUCUGACUGUGCCGUUCGACAGCUGAAAGUAGCGGUUUUUGGAUGCAUGUCUUGCAAUUCUCUGGAUUACAAUCUGAGAGUAUACUGUAUGGAUAAUACACCUUGUGCAUUUCAGGAAGUGGUUUUAGAUGAAAAGCUCCAAGGGGGACAAUUACUGGAAGAGCCAAAACUUUUGCAUUUCAAAGGGAAUACCUUCAGUCUUCAGAUAUCUGUCCUUGAUAUCCCUCCUUUCCUCUGGAGAAUUAAACCAUUUACUGCAUGUCAGGAAGUCCCAUUCUCUCGAGUGUGGUGCAGUAACCAGCAGCCACUGCACUGUGCCUUUUCACUGGAGCGCUAUACUCCAGCAACUACGCAGCUGUCCUGCAAGAUCUGCGUCCGACAAGUCAAAGGUCAUGAGCAAAUUCUACAGAUCCAAACAUCCGUUCUGGAGAACGAAAGGGAAAACAUCACUCUCUUUGCCCAUGAUGAUGGCAACUUCCCUGCACAGAUGGGCCCAAAAGCCUUCAAAAUCCCCUACUCUAUCAGACAAAGAAUAUGUGCAACAUUUGACACACCCAGUGCCAAAGGCAAAGACUGGCAGAUGUUAGCACAAAAAAACAGCAUUAACAGGAAUCUCUCUUAUUUUGCUACACAAAGCAGUCCAUCUGCUGUCAUUUUGGAUCUCUGGGAAGCCCGACAUCAGCAUGAUGGUGACCUUGACUCCCUAGCGUGUGCUCUGGAAGAAAUAGGAAGGACAAACUCCAAAAUCUCAAACGUAACAGAAACUGAGAUUGAGGAGCCUGACUUCAACUACAGUAGACAAAAUGGACUUUAGUCAUCUCUUCUCCAUUCAAUAACCGAUGGCCAGCUUUGACUUUUACACUAGAGAAUCUCUUUGGCAGGGAGGAAAUAAGGGUUUGUGCACGUUGUGUAUAAGGAAAUGGACAUUGAUUUCCACAAUGUAGUUUUCAUUUGGAGGAGCAGAAGUCCCAUUUCAAAUCAUCUCACUAAUGAGGAAAAUUUAAGCUUCUCCCAGUCCCACAGCGCGCUCUCAUAUUAAAUUUUAAAUAUUUUUCAGUGUCGAAAACGAAACUACACACCUACCAUUCCCAGGGGUAGGAAGAGGUGAGCUAACUAGAGCUAUGAAAGGUAAGCACUAUGAUAUAAUGUGUUUAGGAAACAGCAAUGCCAAUGAGAAUAAAAAAUGCCUGGUGAUAAUCAGUGAAUAUGAUAUUGAAUAUUUAAAGCCAUGAGAAGUUACUUCUAGUUUAAAGGUAUGUCUUGGUGGAACCUUGAGUCCCUUUUGUCUUGCAUCUCUAACUUAGCACGCUUCAAGAGUGGAUUUAAAAUGCCUUUUGAUAGCAUCAUGGAGUCACUUUGUAUUUGCUGUAAUCUAACUGCAGGAUGGUUGAAAAUCAGGCAUUAUCCUGUUCAGACAUUUGAGGAAGCAGAAGAUCUCGUAACUAUUUAAUUGUCAUCCAAACAAUUCACUUUAAAAAUUCAAUCACUUAAUGAAUGUACCUUUAUUGCAGUUUUCCUGGCCAUUCUGUUAACUAAGUAAUCCAGCAAAAUCUUAAUCUGCAUGUGCACGCAGAUGUGCACAACAUGCAAAAUUUUAUAAAGUUCUCAGUUUGCAGACUUAGUCAAAAAAUUAUUGUUUGGGUCAGAGUAGGGAGAAGGGGGUUUAAACAACCAAACGAAACACAGGAAAUUGCCAGCCCUAUUUUAGCAAUUUGCACUUUUUGUAUUACUCCAUAUUUGGGGACUAAAUUAAAAUGUGACGGUGAAUUCAAUCAGCACAUCUUAAUUUUGGUUUGAUUACAGAAAGAAACAAUAAACCCCAUGUGGUACUCCCCAGAAUUGGCUAGAGUUCGUUCUAGAAUUUGCCAGUUUAGCAUAAUUUUCACAGUUUUAACAGAAUUUAAUAAAGCUAGCUGCGAUGUACUUGGUUUAGUCACAAAGAUUUUGUAUUUAUCACCAAAACCAGGAUUUAACUCGAGAAUUCUCCUCACUUUUCAUCCAUCUCAUACAAGAAUAAUUUGUUACUUCAAAAGAACCAAAAAAAAAGCUGUCACUGUGAGAGUGUCCUAGUGAAACUGGUACUAACCAGAUUUAACCAGUAUUUUUGCUCAUAUAAUAUAUUCUUCAAAUUAGUUGAGGUGCUUGUUAGCUCUGGCUAUAGGCUAUCAGCUUUCAUGGUGUAAACACAAUCAGUAUAAAGCAGGAAUAUGAACAGGAUUUAAGAGCUUUAUGGAAAUGCAUUUUUUUUUUUUAACACUCAGAUUUGGUUGAGAGGAGCAUGACAAUCCAUAGGGCACCUACUCAGCAUGCACCUCCAUAAUUAUCUAAAACUAUUUUUCCACCCAAGAUUCCAUUUCUGAAAGUACAAUUAACAACUCUUGAUGCCAGACUUUGCUUGUUCUCACUGAUCUGAAAUUGGAACCUCUAUUGCUUUUCCAGCUCAGCAGUCUGGAAUAGAUUCUUCAACUUGCUUAGACUCCCCCAAACAUUUUUUUGUAUGUUAGUAUUUCAUGCCACCUGACAUGAGAUUUCCUGUUUGCAAGGGGAAAUAGUAACGGCUGCAAACAUAUUAAGACCAAGACAAAAAUAGCAGCCUAUUCGACAGCAAGCUGUCACUUUUAUCAGCAGCACAUGGUUAUUUUUAUUUGAUUUUUAUUUCUAGUGACUUCCAUUCCUCCUCCUCCAAAACCUGUUCUGCAUUGGACAAAAUGUCAUGAAUUAAAAAAAUGAAAAAUAGGCAAUGGCAUCCACAGCAGAGCGCUGCACAGUUUUAGUGAGAUGCCGUUGUCUGGGAAACCUGCUACAGUCACUCUGCAACAGUUAUUUUUUUUAGCUUCUUCUCAAAUGCAGUUUUAAUUUGGUUGUUGCUUUUUCAAACUAGCUUAGGUUAGUUACCACAAUAAAGAUACCUAAAUAUAUGAUACAGGUUCUGUAACUUGAAAAUGUCACAGGAUUUUCCCCUCUUGUUUUCCAAAUAUACUUGAGCCAAACACAGUAUAUGGGGUUGAAAACAGUUGCUAUGUAGAGUUCACACCUUAAAGCCUUUUCUCAGGAAAUGCACAGUGUUUACUUCAAAGACUCUGGUCUGCUGUGAAAAAUCUCUGUACAGUGACACCCAGCUCUUCUUACCAAAUGCUCUGUAAAGCCUAGAGAGAAACUAAAAGCUGUCUAGACUGACCUCCUCAAAAGUGCAUCUGAAAAGGCCUUCAGACUGAAGGGAUCCGGGAUGUAUACCAAUAUCCAGGUUAGAUCCAAAAUCUGCUGAAAUCCGGUCUCUGAGUUAAGGUAAUUAAAUAGCUGUCAAAUAGCUAAUGAAUAGCUGUUGAAAGUUAGUUUCUUGCAGUGACCAGUUCUGUCAGUCAAAAGGAAACUGCUCAGUGUUGGGCCUGAGGUAAGAUUUUUAUGUUACCUUGCUCAGUGGUGUGUUGUGGUUUUCCCUUUAGAUUUUGUUUCCUCUUUUUGUUCAGUUUUGCUAAAGCAGCUUCUUUGUACAUUUUUUGUGAAUUUGAAUGAACUUAGUUAUGAUUUUUUUCUUACCUAUUACAGUUUUGAUGCCCUUGGAGACUGGAAUUGCCACAUAGUAAGACUUACUUACCUUUCCACCUUUAUAAAGGGGCUGAAAUGCUAACCAGAUUUCUAGCCCUAAAGCUUGUCUAGUUGUACAUCUGAGUCUUGUAACUGUCAAACGAGGUCAGAUGAAAUGUUAGCCCUCUACAGUUUAUCUCUUAAUAGUGACCAGUACUGAAAGGUUAGGAAAACAGUGUAUGAAGUGAGGCCUGCAAUAAUGGAUUUCCUCAGCAGGGGUUUGCAUCCAUACAGCUGUGUUUAAUAACCACUGAUUCUACUAUCCCUCAAGAUUUUGACUAAUUCCUUUAGAACCAAUUAAUAAAAUAUCCAGGGGAAACAAGCCCACAGUUUCCUUUUUCCUUUGUUUAAACAGCCCUCGCCCCUUCCCUCAGAUUUCCUUUUGUUUAAAAUCUGCUGCCUGAUAAUUUCACUGGGUUCCCCUACCUCUAUAAUGUAAGGAGUACUGAGUAACUAACAAAGUCACCUUUUCCACAUUAUUCAUUAUUUCAGACUUGUCUUGCAUGUUAUUUCCCCUCAUCUUGUUUUUUAGGCUGAAGAGCCUGUGUCUAUUCUGUCUCUCUGAACAUCCUUGUUGUUAUUCUCUAUAUCUUCUCUAGUUCUUCUUUAUCUUUUUGGAGAUGGAGUGACCAAUGACCUGUCUGUUUUGCAGCAGCAAAUAGGCUAAAUCGCUCAAUUCAUCCAGUCCUUAAAUUUGUCACAGUUCCAAAUUCAGUACCAAGCAUCACAAAGGAUGAGGAUCUUUCUAUAGCAUAUAUAGCCUGUAGCUAUGAGAAAUGCCUGUGAGACAGUGUAGGACCCUCCCUGAGAAUGCAGAAACUGACUUAUUCUGCUAAUUCAAUUAUGCAAACUAAUACAUCAUCAGGAGUGGAUUCAGCUGCUUGAACAUGCACAAAAUAAAACACCUGUGAGGAAAACCAGUGUAGCUUAAAGAUAAGACUGAAAAGUGACAGAGUUCAAAAUCAGAAAAUAUUACCACAAAAAGGAAAAAUGUAUUCUUCAUGACAGAAGGAAGUAAUGGGACAACAAGAACUUAAGUAAGUUGGACUUCUGAGUGGGGAAAAAAGCUAAAAACUUCUAUGUAGUUUUCCUCUACUCAUGGGAGAGAGUUGCAUCUACUGAUUACCUGAUAUAUUUGGUACAGAUAUGCCUGUUUUCUGAUGCUCUUUCUGCUGUUUUAUGUUACCAUCAUGGCAUGAUGAUAAUACUUAACACUUUUACUCAUAAAGGCUAAUAUCAGUUCUCCUCCCCUUUUAUGUACUGUCCCAGUUUUAGAGAUGGAGAAGUUAAAAAGGUUUUUUUUUUUUGAAAGUGUUUCAUGUAAAUGAAGCAGCCACAAAUGGAUUUUGGGCUACCACUAACAAAGAGCCGUACAAUGUAAGUAAAAUGUUAAAUGGUUCCCCCUCUAUUCCACAGUAGGAAGCAGCUGAUUUUUGACAGCAUUUUUUCCACAAAGUCUGUGGUAAGGAUGCUUUGCAACAUAAUGUUCUCUCAGAAUGGUAAAUCAGAACUUUAUGCAAAUACUCUAUAAAUAGCUAUGUCAAAAAUGAUUAGCACUCCUAAAAUUCUAGAAGCACAUUUUUAACAUCUGUUAUGUGCAGAUUAUUUUGAAAAUCUGGACCUACAUGAUUUGAUCCAAAACACAGAUGUUAGUCAGCAUCUGAACCAGGAUUAGUCACCAGAAAUUCAAAAUUUAUUGCCUUCCUCUAUUUUAUAAAUUACGACUUUGGAAAAUAAUUAAAAAAAAUACUCUUUGCACACAGAAAAGUAAAAGGAAUAGAAAUCCUACAUUGCAUACUUAACACUCUAUCUGGCUUUCCAUGAGUCUGAUACAGCAAAACAACCAUGUUGAUUUUACAUAACCUAAGAAUCUGCUUAAAUAUAUUUUCAUCUUCCUAAGCAUUUUUUCUGUAUAUUUCUGUGCUGUGAGUCACUUAAGACUAACAGUUGUGUUUUAAAAAUGACAUACAAUUUUGUCACCAAAAUGGUGCGCUUCACAGCUUCAGCAGACUGCAGCAUCAUAAAGUUAAUCUACAGUUUUUACAACAUUGCUUUUGCAAUCUUAGUGGUUUACAUUACAAUCCUUUAAGCCUCAUGGAAAGAAAGCCUUCUCUGUAAAUUUAAAUGCAAACUUCCAUUUACCAGUGCAUGUCCUAUAAAGCCCUAUAUACUCCCACAAAUAUUUUACUGGGCUUUUUGUAGCAGAUGAAAAGGUACAGACACAAUUCUCUUAAAAGACAGAGAGCUAUUACUAUUAUUACUGAUUUUAUUAUUGUUUUUAUCUCUGGCAACAGCUGGUCUCCUCUAUGGCCUGUGCACAGUUUGCUGUGAAGUUGGGAGAGACAAGGAUCUUGUUGAGGACUAUAGGUAUUGGCAUCAUACAAGAAGUCCGUUCAUAUUUUUUCCCUUGAAAGACAGUGCUGUAUGGGAGUUUUAAACAUUCAGUAGUUGUUCAAUUCCAGAUAGUAUUUCCCACUAUGAAAAUAAUAGCUUUAUAUAAGCUAAAACAAGUAAGAAAUGGUUGUGGAUUUCUGUUCUUGAUUUGAGAGUUUUCAGUCUUUCUGCCUACAAAAUACACUUUCAAGCAAAGAACUGCCAUAAGUCUUGGAUAGUAAUUAACUGACUGAAAAAAGGCAGUUACUUCAAAGUCCUCAACAACUGUGAAUGAUCUGAAAAUCUUUCUUUCUAGCUUUUGUUUUACUAAUUUGAAUUGUUUACACAGUAGUGGAAGUGGUCACAUUAUUCACUGAGAACCUUUUUCAUAUUAAACCUGCUGAAGAGAGUUUUCUAUGAAUUGUUCAUUCCUAGGGUAUGUUUUCUACAAAAUUACUCCCCCGACAUUAUUCCUGCUGAAGGAGAGGUUAUAUGAUUUUCUGCAGCAGCAUGUCAAAUGGCAUAUGUGCCCUUUUCUUUGAUAGACAAUCAUUAUCUAGUUAAAAUUAGUUAAAACUUCAGAGAUUUCUGGACAAAUACAGUAAGCUAAAACACUAGGUAUACAACACAUUUAAUACUUGCAGUGGUAAGUCAAACUCCAUACCUUAGGAAAUGAUUCAUGAUCUUUUGCCAAAAAUGAACAGUCUAGCUCAUACAUUACCAAUACUGAUGGUGUCUAAAAUCUCUUUUCCAACAUGAACAAAAACAAAUAAAUCACUCUAAGAUUAAAGAAUCCCUUAUAGAAUCAUUUAAUAGUAUCUGUAAUGCAGAAAAUGUAACUGAUGUUUUACUCAUUGCCACAAGUAAAGUAAGAAAGCUGUCAGUAUCCAUGCUCACUAUUCUGUUCAAAAAUAAAAUGUAUGUCUAGAAAUUUGCCACUAUAUUUUUUGUAUUGGAGGUGAAUAAUACAGAUUCUAAUAGUGUUUCUUGUCUGGGGCUA